AUGGGUGACAGUGUUGAUUCCGAUAUUAUUAAACGUACUCAAGAUACUCUUGGUCAAAUCAUUACUGCACCGGCAUUGACCGAGAAACUUCUCAGCCGACCACCAGUACAAUUUCUUCAAGAUAUCGUCAAAGCUGUCAUCAAGAAAACGGAUUUUCUUCAAGGAUUGUAUACGGAUGAAGAACUUACGUCAGCCUAUCUCAAGGAAGGCCGAGAGAACAAAACAUUAUUCAUGAAAAAACUCGUUACUGCUGUUUAUAUUGCGGUAAAACGAGCGCCUGAAGUGCGUGUUUCGAAAAUUCUCGCUGGUCAAGAAGCAGACAAAACGAAUCUUUUAUUACAAGCGCUUGCUGAAGCUAUUAAUUCGAAGGCUAAUAAUCGAGAAGUUGUGCGAAAAACUCUACAAACUCUUGGUGAAUCGAAUGAAAGCGAAGAACCACAAACAGCGAGUCGAGAUCAAGAACAAUCAGAAACACGUCGAACAAAAGAAGAACGUUCAAGCCAUUCUCGUGAUCGUGAUCGAGAAGAAUCAUCAGAAAAACGAUCACGAUCAAAAGAUCAUAGUAAAGACAAAGGUGAGACAGACGGAAGUAGCCAGUCGAAGCACCGACGAAGUUCUCGUGGAUUGGAUGAUGGUGGCAGUGGAGAAAGAAGAGCCGCACCUUCACGUCGACAAGAUGACGAUGAUGACAACAAUGAGAGAAAAGGUGAGGGUGGUGGUGGUGGCGGUGGCGGUGGUGAUGAUGAGGACGACUCUCGAAGUCGUCGAUCUAUACGGCCAACGUCAGCCAAGGGUUCACGAAAACAUCAAGAUAGUAGUAAUCAUCAUCGGCCAUCAUCUCCAAAAUCUGAGCAACCAACACGACCACCUCCGACAUUAGUCUCAACAGAUCGAGAUGACAACGAAGGCCGACCACUUGUCCGACCAACUACUGCAGCUAAACGAGGUAAACUUAUGACUCAAACGUCAUCAGAUGAAAUCGGCACAACAUCCGGAAGAGUCUUGAGCGGCGCCCAACGCGGCCAAGGAACAUUGAUCGUUGAAAGUAAAGAUACUCGUGACAAUGACAUGAACAAUGACAAUGAUGACGACGACGACGACAAUUUUCUCAUACAAGAAGAAAAGCCUUCGAUGACAAGAUCAAGUAAACAAGACACUUUCGACACUCGUGGUGGUGAUCAGGACGAUGACGAUGCUGAUCAGCAUGGUGGACUAGUGAAUGAAAUGAUGAGAUCGAAGAAGAAGUUAGAAAAUGGUAGUGAAAUUCCUGGACAACGUGCAGAAGUGAAAACGAUCGCACAAAAUGAUGCUCAGCGUCGUCGCGAACGUGAGAAGAUUCAGAAAGAUGUUGAUAAACUUCGUGAAACAAUUCAAUCUUUGACAAAAAGUGUUGUACCAUUGGGUAAAAUUCUCGAAUUCUUGCAAGAAGAUUAUGAAAUGAUGGCAAAAGAAAUGCAACAUUAUACAGAUGAAUACAAACGAACAGUUGUCGAGCUAAGAAAAGAGAAAUUCACAACCGAUCAAAAUCUCGAACCACUUCGAGCUGCAUUACUUGAUUUCGAUGAUCAGAUCGCCGAUAUGAAAAAUCGUAUUAUAUUUAUGAAGAAAAAAGUCAGUACAAAUGAGAAAAACAAUGCAGGUCGUCUUUUAGAUAUAAUCCGUAAAACAAAAUAA